UGAUGAUAAUGUCCAUAAGGCAAUCUCUUUCGUGCGAGCGCUCUCCUUUCGGUCUUCACGCGUCUUCCGCAACCUCGCCGUGGAGAUUGUGCCUGCCGGAUUAAUUGUUGGGCAUCACACCAUGGUGUUACUCGAAAAUGAAUCGUUUCUCAGCGAGCUGACCAAGUUGUUCCAAAAGUACAGAACCAGUGGAUCCGUCUACAUCACCAUGAAAAGAUAUGACGGCAAGACCAAGCCAAAGCCACGGCCAGAGAAGCUCGCUGCCAAUCCGAUCCAGCCACCGGCAGAGUACAAGUGCCUACUCAGAGCGCACGCAGGGCCAAACAAAAUCAGCACAGUGAUUAACGCCAAGGACGUCAACAGGUUUCAACUGGCGUACGCCAACCUUCUCAAAGGAAACAUCGACGGACUCAAGAAGAAAGACAAGAAGAAGAGCACUGCAAAAGCCACUCAGUAAAGCUAUUUAUUAUAAUUUUUUUUUUGUACAAGAUGAGAGCAAGAAA